AUGGGAGACCCUUUGGCAGAACGCGCGAUGGAAUUACUCCACCGGAAGUCAGGACAUUACCUAGGCGAUGAUGCUGACAAAAUCCCUGACCUGGAGCAAUUCUUGGUGUAUCGGGUCUCGGAUUCCAAGCACACUAUAAUGGAUCGUGAGGAUAGGAGAGAUCCAGAAUUAAUGAUACUUACCUCGUCGUUGUUAAACCCCAGAUUCUGCUUAGAAGGGUGGUAUUCUCAACAUGUAGGGCAACUCCGAGGAUAUCUCCCUCAGGAGAUUCGAAAAAUGAGAACCUGA